AACCUAAAUCACGGAAGUUCUGUGUCACUUAGGAAGUGCAGAGGGCUUUCUUUUAUGGGUGGUUGAUUGGUUUCUCCAGCGAACUUUGUCAGCCUAUGUGGCUUUGCCCUGGUGCCCUUUCUUAAAUAAGAAAAGGCAAAACCCCCAUCCAAGUCUUCAAAAGAACAUGUCCCUUCUCAAACCCAAAAAGCACACACUUAACAACUCAAAUCCAACAUCUCUUUUUAUGUAUUUAGACGCAUAAGCAUCUUUGUUCUUGUCUCUGUCACUAACUCCUCUCAAACUCAGAUGGCUCUUGUUUGCAAACUUUCCCUUUCUUCUGCUUCUUCUUUCUCUUUUGCAGACACAAAACCUUUCACUUCUAUCAAUCCGAUCACCAUUUCUUGUUCUUUGCGUUUUGAAAGUUCUUCUUCUUCUUCGCCUUUCACUGAGAAAUACUCGUUAGAAAGAUACCAAAGGGACAGUUGGCUUUAUAAUGUUAAACAACAAGAACAAUCUUGUUCUAUCUCUUCUGACCCAGAAUCCAUGAGACAAAACGACAUCGCCUUGCAGCUACCGGAGUUGAAAAAUCUGCUUCAGGUAUUGAGAGAGAAGCGCGAGGAGAACUGUGGUGAUGGUAAAGGUGAAAAAUGCGGGCCAGGGAAUGUGUAUUUGGUAGACGGGCCAGGUGACCCUGAAUUGUUGACUGUUAAGGCAAUGAGAGUGAUACAAAAAGCUGAUCUUUUGUUGUAUGAUAGGUUAGUUUCAAAUGAUGUUCUUGAUUUGGUGGGUCCAAAUGCCAGACUUCUAUAUGUUGGCAAAACUGCUGGUUACCACAGCAGAACCCAGGAGGAAAUACAUGAAUUGCUUCUGAGUUUUGCUGAAGUUGGAGCUAAUGUUGUGAGACUGAAAGGAGGUGAUCCACUGGUAUUUGGAAGAGGUGGAGAAGAGAUGGAUUUUCUGCAACAGCAGGGAAUUCAAGUGAAGGUUAUCCCAGGUAUCACUGCUGCCUCGGGGAUUGCAGCAGAGCUAGGGAUUCCAUUAACACAUCGAGGUGUUGCAAAUAGUGUUAGAUUUCUCACAGGGCACUCAAGAAAGGGUGGAACAGAUCCUCUGUUUGUCGCUGAGAAUGCAGCAGACCCUGAUUCAACCUUGGUUGUUUAUAUGGGCUUGUCAACCUUCCCUUCUCUUGCCCUGAAGUUGAUGUGUCAUGGUCUACCAUCAAAUACACCAGCUGCUGCAAUUGAGAGAGGAACAACACCUCAACAGCGUGUGGUUUUUGCAGAACUGAAGGAUCUUGCUCAUGAAAUUACAUCAGCAGUAUUGUUAUCUCCAACAUUGAUCAUCAUUGGCAAUGUUGUUUCACUUUCACCAUUUUGGCCGUAUUCUUCGAAAGAAGUGCCUUGUUUAGCUAGAGCUAAAUAGAAAUAUUCAAGGUGCACAGACUGGUCUUCUGCUGUCUAAUAUUGGUUUUUAGCUAAUGACACCUUCCAUUGUUCAAAUUCAACCAGACAAGUUCCAUUGUUGCCUGAUAAGUUGUCCUGCGGUUAAGUUUGAUGCUGCCCUAAAUAUGGAUUCACACCUUUUUCUGGUAUUUAUCAUGAGAUUCUGAGAACUGUUGGGAAUGAGGUGCACUGGACAUACAAGAAUCUUGUUCAGUGCCCCAAAUAAAUCAGACUUUCGGAGUGAAGUCUUGAUUAAAUUU